GGUGUAGUGUAAUUUGAAAUUCUCAAAGAAAAAUAAAGCAAGCAAAGCAUGGAAGAAACACUGGUUUACACAAUGUUGAGCGUUAUUUUGGGUCUAGUUUUAGCGAUGAGAGUAUUUACAUACAUAAAAAGAGAGCAACACAGAAAUCUUCCACCAAGUCCACCAUCAUUACCAAUCAUAGGCCAUCUCCAUCUCAUGCUUAAACAGCCCCGUCAACGUACUCUCCACGAUCUCUCAAACAAAUACGGUCCCAUCAUGAGUCUCCGACUAGGAACACGCCUCGUAGUGGUCGUAUCAUCAGCGUCGGUAGUCGAAGAAUGCUUCACUAAGAACGAUAUCAUUCUCGCGAACCGCCCUCACUUCUCACUCGGCAAAUACGUACUCUACAACAACACGGUUCUUGUAACGGAAAACUACAACCAGCAUUGGCGUAAUCUGCGUCGUAUAAGCACUACUGAGAUCCUAUCCACGAAUCGUCUCAAUCAGUUUCUAAGCGUCCGAAAAGACGAAGUCAACUGCUUACUUCGCAGGCUCCGUGACUCGCUUUCUUCUUGCCAUCAUGGAUAUGCAAGGGUGGGAAUAAGGCCAAUGCUUGUGGAUCUAUCAAGUAAUGUGAUAAUGAGAAUGGUGGCAGGGAAGAGGUACUAUGGUGCAGGUAGAGUGGACGAUGAAGGGAAGGAGUUUCAAGAGGCUAUAAAAGAGUUCAGUGAGAUAGCUGAGUUAUUCACAACUCUUGGAGAUCUGUUUCCUGGUUUUAAAUGGCUUGAUGCUAUGCAUGUAAUGAAACUCAGGCAGAUUGGCCAGAGGCUGGAUUCAUUCUUGCAACGGCUAAUCCACGGGCGUCGAAGCGUUAAAUGUAUAGAUCACACCAUGAUCGAUCAUUUGCUAACUUUGCAGGAAUCGGAACCUGAUUAUUAUUCAGAUCAAACCAUCAAAGGUUUAAUUUUGGUUCUGCUAAUCGGAGGAUCACUAACCUCAGCUACCACAUUAGAAUGGGCAAUUGCGAAUCUACUGAACCGUCCAAGUGCACUAAACAAGGCAAAAUCAGAAAUAGAGAGUAGAAUUGGUGAAGAGCGAUUAGUUGAUGAAUCAGAUUUGCCAAGUCUAAAGUAUCUCGAAAGCAUCGUACAUGAAACCUUGAGAAUGUAUCCAACUACACCAUUGUUAGUUCCACACUUGUCAUCCGAUGACUGCACGAUCGGAGGAUUCCAUGUGCCUGCCGAUACAAUAUUGGUAGUCAAUGCUUGGGCUGUUCAAAGAGAUGCUGAGCUAUGGGAUGACCCAACAAGUUUUAAGCCUGAGAGGUUUGAGAAUGGUAAAGUUGAGAGAUUCAAGCUGUUGCCGUUCGGAAUGGGACGCCGAGCUUGUCCUGGAGAAGGUUUAGCAAUGAGAACAAUAAGUUUGACUCUGGCUUCCUUGAUUCAAUGCUUUGACUGGGAAACGGUCGACGGGAAGCAGAUUGACAUGACUGAAAAAGUGACGGUGACUAUGAGGAAAGUUGAGCCGUUGGAACUCAUGCUUAAAGCUCGUCCUAUACUACAAAAGAUUUCUCUAAACUAUUGAUGCAGGUGCGUGCGGAAUUGGAGUUUAUAGAAAACGUGGAUCGGAAAUAUGGAAUAAUUUCAUCCAAGUUC